UCUGGUUGUGCUAUGCCGACGCCUAACAGCCGCUGAGCAGGGAAAGCGGAAACACCCACAGGGCGCUCCCUCCCUGGCUGACACGAGGACCCACCCAUGGGCAGAAGGCGCCCGGCACUGGGAAGCGGCCGCUCCCUCGGCCUCUGCGUGCCCUCCUCGCUCGCGAGACAAUCGAUCUUCUGCCCGGUGCGAGGCCAGGAAGCAUCGGGAUCGUCAUGGCGGAGCCGGAGACCAUGGCUGACGACCUGGACGCGCUCAUCGACGACCUGGACUACCUUCCGGGCCACUUCCACCUGGAGAUGCAGUUGAACUUCGAGCCGCGCUCGCCAGAACCGCUGCGCGCCCGGGACCUGAAACUGCAGCGGGAGGGCCUGCGGCAGGAGCUGGAGCUGACGCCUGCCUUGCAGCAGUCGGCAGUGCGGCACCUGCUGGGCGCGUUCGCCUUCUACCUGGAGGAGCUGGACGAGGCCCGAGAGAGCUUCCUCGAGGUGGCUCGCGAGGACCCGGGCAACCUCAACGCCUGGGCCAAUCUGGCACACGUGUACGGGCGGCUGGGCCAGGAGGAAGAAGAAGAGGCAUGUGCCACACGACUGGCUGGCCUCAUGGGCCUGGCGGAAGACCCCGAGGCCACCGGGGACACGCAGCUCCGUGCUGCGCGCUGCCUGGCGGAGCAGGGGUAUGCUCAUGGCUUCGACGUGGGUUGCGCUAGCCCAGAGGAGCGCGUGCGGGUGCUGGCAGCGGGUAUCGCACUUUACGACAAGGCGCUGGGUUACGGGCCACAGGUCCCGGUGGAAGAGAAAAGGGGCUGGUACUUCACCAUGGCAACACUGUUCAUCAGGCUGGAUGGCAUCUUCCUGGAGCUAGGCAGCGAGGAGCAGAGGAGGCUGCCGGCCUUCAACCGCACCCUGGCCCUGCUCCGGCAGGUCCUCAAGUCCUCGGAUCCCCACCACCGAGCUCUGGCCUGGUGCUACCUUGGGAUGCUGUUGGAGAGAAAGGACACCUUCUCCACCACGCCCAUGGGUGUGCACGACUGUGGGUAUUCAGGGACGGAGCCGCUGGACUGCUUCGGCAAGGCCAUUGAGAUUGCCAAAGACCAGCCUCCUAUACUGAAUCGCCUAGCCAAAAUCUUCCACUUCCUGGGAAAGCCUGAUAUGGCCAUGGGCACCUGUAACAUGGCCCUGGAUGUGCUGCGAGACCCAGAGCUCAACCAGCAGGCGUACUGCACAAGGGCCAAGAUCCACCUCAGGGCCUACCUGCAUGACCUGGAGCGGGCCAAGGCGGGGCUCGGGGGCAUGCCCGACAGGAACCACCUGGCCUGCGCCAAGGCUGACCUGGAGGAAGUGGUCAAGGUGUGCCCAGGCCUCAAGACCUAUGUGGACAUUGGCCAGGUCUACUACUACAUGGGCGUGGAUGCCAUGCAGGAACUGCUAGCGGUGGACGAGGCGGCGCUGAACCAGGCGCUGGUUUUCUUGGCCAAGGCCGGCGAAUCGGAGCUGGGCGCCUCGCUGCCUGAGCUGCAGCUGCUGCGGGGCAAGUGCCUGCGCAUCAAGGGCGAGGAGGCCAACGCUGCGGCCUGCUUCAAGCGUGCGGUGGAACUGGACGACACGGGCUCCUGCCAUACCGAGGGUUUCGGCUGCCUGCUGGAGGUGCUGCUGGCGCAGUGGAGCCAGGCUCAGUUGAGCGACGCCCAGCUGGGCCAUGAGGUGGAUGUCUGGCUGCGCCAGGCCCAGGACAAGUACCCCGCGGCGCACCUGCGCCAAGAGCUGCAGCGCGUAUGGCGAGGCCACACCUACGAGGUUCUGGGGCUGGCCCGGGCCUUGGUGGCUCAGGGACGGCUGGCGCUGGUGCGGCUGCUCUUUGAGACCAUGGAGCACGAGGGGGAUGCUGCUGGGGCUCCACGGGGCCGCCGGUCGUGUUCCUGGUGAGUUGGCGGACCCCACCCCGUCCACAGAUGAUUGGAGCACCUCUAGGCGCUCGCUAAGGGCCCUGUCUUGCCAUGGGUCGGUGUCUGAGUGAGCAGAGCUGAUCAGAUCCACACGGUGCAUGGGGGCGUUGUUCCAGCACAGCGGUUUCCAGGACCCCAUUCCUGAGAGCCCAGGAAGGUGAGAACAUACUCAACCAACCCGAAGGCAGGAUCUACAAAGAAACCAAGAUAGCUGUCUCCUGAGCCAAAGAAAAUGUUUGCCUCCGUGGUAGUGAUAGUCCCCUUCCCAGGCCCAGGACCCCUUGGUGGAUUCGCCAAAAGCCCUCUCUGUCCUUGUAAGAAAACCUCUUCAAUUUGGUGAGUGGUUCCACAUCCUGCAGUGCAGGCAGAGGGCAGUUGGCACAGGGAGCUAGGCCCAUCAAAGCACAGGCCCUGCCUUAGCCUGCCUGCCCAGGGCUCCUCCCUGCCUGCUUAUCAGUUUUCCAGCAGCCCCCAACUUGAGCCUUGUAGUCUGACUCUCUGAAAUGGAGUCUGUGAACAAAUGCCUACUUCCUAUUAGGAAGUGGCACCUGCUCCUAUGCUUGGAGCUUCUGUAUGAGAAUAAAGGAAAGUAUAGAGAACUGAGACACAAAAUUUUGUCA